AAACCGUUUCCCUCUGAACCAGGAGCCGAAUGUAGGGCAUCAUAGUGGAUUUGGAGUCAGUAAAAAAAGUGGUUUGGCUUUGCGGUGUCCCCUGAGAGAGAAGGGAGCCAGUGAGUUUCUGUCACGCAUGAAUUACAGUCAAGUUGAGAUGGGACAGAAAGGAUGGAAGAGGACGAAAAUGAAGGCAAACGGGGAGAAGAGAAACAACCCUGUCUUUGUUCUGUCCACUUUGGGUUAAUCCCACUGUGGGCAAAGGGAGGACUAGAAGAAUAUGGAAAGAAAUGCAAACACUUUGGGAAGUGGAAGUUGCAUACAUUUGGCAGAAAAAACCAGCAUAAAUUGGAGGGUGCUUAAAUAUUUGGAAUUACAUAAACACUGACUCAGGUUUCCAAAACCUGGCACUGUCCAGAUAUACUGAGAUUAAAAUUUGCUGGAUUCCUAGCCAGCAAUGCUAAAUAAAUCACAUAACAUCUUAGAGCCACUAAUGGGUUGGAUCAAUAUUUAUUUUAAAAAAAUGUUGCCAAGUAAGGAGAACUACACUUUUGUGUCUCAGGCACCAAAAUACUUUCAGUUGUGCUAAUUUAUGUCACUUUUCUGCUUGGAGUCGUCCUACACAAGAUGGGCUGAGUGACUACAUAAACAUUUAAAGCAACUGCCCAUAUUUUUCCACAUAAAGAUUCUGACCUCAAAACAGCUGCUGAUGUUUAUUGGCAGAAGAGGAACUGCCAACGCCUCAGACAAAAGGUCUCUCCUAUUAUACCAGGGUUAAGAGCCCCAGCAGAGUGGAUGCCACGCUGCAAAUCAAAACUCAAUGCUCACAAAAAGGAAAGGAUGUUUAUUUGAAUAAAAACUUAGGAAAACAGCCACAUCCUUGCAUGAGGCUUAACUGGCCACCAGUGAGCGCUGGCAGUCCUUGAGCUGAGCAAAGCGACAGACCCAAGUAGAAGCAGAGUUAAAACUCUCAAAAACUAUAAUGUAAGGCCUGUAUUGUCCCUACCCAGUUCAUCCGGGAUCUCCUAAGUAAGCUGGUCUCUGCUUCUAAAGUCCCUGGCCCAAAAGCCCCCCCUCCUGCCUCCUCCUGGGAAGAGGAAGGGUGGGAUAUUUACAGUCCCUGCUAGCCUGCAGAUUCGUGGGCUGCUUUGAUGCACAAAAACACUUUUCUAGGGAAAAAAUAAUGCACAUUUAAUCCUUGACUUACAACCACAACUGGGACCAGAAAUUCUGUUGCUAAGCAAGGUGGCUGUUAAGUGAGGCAUGCCUGAUUCUGCGGCCUUUUUUGCCCCGGGGGUUAAGCAAAUCCCAGAAGUUGUUCAGCGAAUCACGUGGUCAUUAAGCAAAUCAGGCUUCCCCCGUUGACUUCGCUGGUCUGAAGAUGGCAGAGGGAGAUCAGGCGGAGCCCAGGGAGACCCUGCACCGCCGGAAGAGAUGGCAGAUUUUGAGCUUCCAGUGGAGCAGGAUAGUGAAGAAGCCUCGGAUAUUGCCGAUGCAGAAGCCCUGCCAGAAUUUAACCAAGAAAAUGUCUACACGGACCCCAUUAGCACUCAAUUCCCACAAAAUCCAGAAAUUGCUGGGGCCUCUCUGGGGCUUCAGGGUUCCGUGACUUGCCAAGACUUGUCUGCCGCUGAGAGCCAACAUGCGGACCUGGAAGAUCUCGGCGAACGUUUCCAGCAGUGCAUUGAAGCAGUGGAGCAGCUGGAGGAGGAGAGGGACUGGCUCAUUAAGGAACUCACACUCUUACGCCAGCCGGCUCUUGAGGAACUGCAGCGGGCCCACAAAGAGGUUCUGGAAGCCUACAGGCUCCAUGCCAAAGUAGAGCUAGAGAAGGAUAACCUGUGGGAUGAGAUUCGACAGGUGAAGCGGAAGCUAUUUAGGGUGACGCGGGAAUGCGUGGCGUGCCAGUAUCAGCUGGAAGCCAGGAGGUAUGAAGUCGCUCAAGAUGUGGAUUACCAAAGAGAGCUGGAAAACAGAGCCAGCCAGCUCUCAGAAGAGCUGUCCCAGUUGAAAGAGACUUAUGAGGCAGAGAAGGAACAUUUUAGGCAGAGGCUGAAGGCUCCACGCCACGAGGGGAGCAGCCGUCACCUCCAAGAGAGCCGGCGGUUUUCCAUGGAAUUUGAAAGUUUUGUCCUGGAGAACCGUCAGUGCUUGGAGGAGCAUUACGAACCGAAGCUGAUGCGCCUCCUGGAGAGGAGAGAAGCCAGCAGCAAGGCCUUGCAAACCACCCAGAGCGAAGUCCACAGGCUGAAGGAGACCCUGAGGCCGUUGCAGGGAGAAGUCAGCAAGUUGCUACUGCAAAACAGGAACCUGGAGGAACAGAUUCUGCUGAUCAGGCAGAAACGCGAUGAAGAGGUCCUGCAAUACAAGGAGCAAGUGGAGGAGAUGGAAAACAGGAUACGGGAACUGAAGACUGGAGUUCAACUUCAGCAACGAAAGAACCAAGAAUUAGAAGAACUGAAAGCCAGUUUACAUCAAGAACUGUCCAUUUACAAAGGCUGCUUAGAAAUGUACGGGCAACUUUGCAAAUCGGAAGUGAAGCAAGAUGAAGACUGAAUCUACACACGGCCGUCUUUCCUCCUCCUUGCAAAUAGGGGCUCCGUCCGACUAAUAGCAACUAAUAAGCAAGAUUUCUCGGAUGAGUUUGCAUUUUUACUGUGUCAAAAAGGAACACGUUUUUUGAGAUGUGGCCAUUAUGAGAUCUGAUGUUAACAGGGCACCAGAUAAGCAUUACCACAAUGGCAUGUCAAAACCUUUGUCAGUAUUUAAUUUUCUGUAUAAAACUUGGCUUAUGAAUAAUGAAAUGAGCUUUUUGUAGACUUGCAA